AUGGGUGCCCGGUCCCGUCGCGCAAAAUCGCCGACGCAGAACGGGGCCAAGUCCCCGAAACACGUCCCUAACGACGCCCGAACAAACGGCGGGGCGAGCAGCAGUGGCGGCGGCGGCGGCACCACCCACGACCACGACCCCACGAUGAACAAGAACGUCGAGCUCCUGCGGCGCAACAUAUCCCAGGACGCCUCCUCGGGCGCCGUGACGGCCAACCUCAUGUCCCGCGAGACCUUCUCCCUCGACGACCCCGUGCCGAACCCCAAGAUGCCCACGGCCAACCACCAUGGCUUCCUCGACCUGCCCAAGCAGGACCAGAAGAACUUUGGCCUGCUCGUCCUCUUAUACUUCCUGCAGGGCAUCCCCCUAGGGCUGGCCACGGGCUCCGUUCCCUUUCUGCUCAAGAACCACAUGUCGUACAGCGAGAUUGGCAUCUUCAGCCUGGCCUCAUACCCAUACUCGCUCAAGCUGCUGUGGAGUCCCAUUGUCGACGCCAUGUGGAGUCCAAAGGUCGGCCGGAGGAAGAGCUGGAUCCUGCCCAUACAGUUGCUCUCCGGCAUUGGCAUGCUGUGGCUGGGUUCGACUGUCGAGGAGAUGAUGGCCAUGACGGGCAAGCCCGGCGGCCACACCGUCUGGGGCUUCACGGGCUGGUGGUUCUUCCUGGUGCUCAUGUGCGCCACUCAGGACAUCGCUGUUGACGGCUGGGCCCUGACCCUGCUGAGCCCCAGCAACAUCUCGUACGCGUCAACGGCCCAGACGGUCGGGCUCACGGCCGGCCAGUUCCUGUCCCACACCGUGUUUCUGGCCUUUUGCUCCAAGGAUUUUGCCAACCGCUGGUUCCGCGACUCGCCGCUCGACACCGGCUUGAUCGGCCUGGGCGGCUACCUGACCUUUUGGGGGUGGGCGUACAUCGCCGUCACCAUCGGCCUGGGUCUAAUCAAGAAGGAGGAGAAGACGAGGAACGAGGACGGCAUCUGGGACGUGUACAAGAUCAUGUGGGGCGUGCUCAAGCUACGCAAUAUCCAGACCAUCGUCAUUGUUCACCUCAUCGCCAAGAUCGGCUUCCAGGCCAACGACGGCGUCACCAACCUGAAGCUGCUCGACAAGGGCUUCGGCACCGAUAACAUGGCCCUGACCGUGCUGAUCGACUUCCCCUUCGAGAUCGGCCUCGGCUACUACGCAGGCAAGUGGUCGCAAGAGUUCACCCCCAUGCGCCUCUGGUGCGGCGCCUUCAUGGGCCGCCUCCUCGCUGCCGUGCUCGCCCAAAUUACCGUCGCCAUGUUCCCUGCCGGCGGCGUCACCUCGUGGUACCUGCUGGUCGUUAUCGCCGAGCACAUCUUCUCCACCUUUACCAACACGGUCAUGUUCGUCGCCGUCUCCGCCUUCCACGCCCGGAUCGCGGACCCUGUCAUUGGCGGCACGUACAUGACCCUUCUCGCGACAGUCUGCAACCUCGGCGGGACAUUCCCUCGCUUCUUCGUCCUGCGCCUCGUCGACUACUUCACUAGCGCCACGUGCAACCCGCCUUCUCCGUCCUCGUCCUCUUCUUCAAAGCACUCCCUCAUCACAGAAGCCUUUAGUUGCGCCAUCCAGGCCGACAAGGAGCGCUGCCUCGCCGGUGGCGGCACCUGCGACAUGGUCCGCGACGGCUACUACAUCGUCAACGUCAUCUGCGUGGCCCUCGGCCUCGUCACCUUUGUGCUCUUCAUCCGCCCCAAGGUGCUGCAAUUGCAGGCCCUGCCCCUGCGCGCGUGGCGGUUAUCGCCGUCGUCAUCGUCGUCUUCGUUAAAAUAUUGA